GGUUAAUUCAGAAAUUUCAGUACUAUUCGAUCUUUUGUGAAAUUUCGACGUCUUUUCAAUGAUGAUUGAUAAAAUUAAAAUUUUGUUGGUGAGUUUUUCACUAAUUGUCAGCAUUGUAGAUUGUGCAGUUUUGGAUCGAAGUAGAGUAGAUGUCAAUGGAAACAACGGCUUGAAUGUACUAGAAUCUACUCAGAACUCAGAAAGUAUUAGCCCAUCACAAUUACCCACGAUUAUUAAUAAUACAAGUUCAGAAAAAGAUUCCACAAGUGAAGAAGAUGAAAAACCAGCAGAGGACCUUAAUAAUUUGGCAUCGAUUAUAAUUGGUGAAAUAUUGAAAGGAAUUUCAAAAUCCACUAAAAAUAAAACUGUGGAAAGUUCUGAUUCCGAUGAAGAUAAGAAACUAAAUUCUGAUGAAAUUCUUAUUUUUGAACCAGAAAUUACUAAUAAUGAUGAAAUUGAAAAAUUUGGAGUUGAUAAUUCAUCAGAUGAAGAGAUAACAAUUUCUGAGAAAGAUAUUGAGGGAGAUGAUGAUUCAAAAGAAGAAGAAGAUUCAAAAGAAUCAACUGAAAACUCAAAUGAAUUGACAACGUUAAUAAUUUCUCAAAUUUUAGAUGAAUUUUCAAAACCUCGCAUUACACGAAAUGCGUCAAACGAUGAAGAUGAAUCCCUUACAAGUGAUGAUCUUGUUGAUAAUGAUGAUGAUGUAGAUGAAAACAAGCCUGAAGAAGAAGUCGAAACUGAAGAUAAUUCAGAGUUGGCAUCUCCUUUGGAAAAUCUAGAUGAUGAAGAAUCUUCUCAAAAAGAUGACGAAAUCGUUUCUAACAUUGAAGAAUUUUCAAGAAAAGAUGGCUCACAAGUUGAAACAGAACCAUUAACUGAAUAUGAAUUAAUAGAAGAAGAAGAUUUCGACAAUAAUAAUGAAGAAGGGACCGAAAGUGAAAUUAAAGAAACCGUAUCAAUUUCAAAUGAAGUUGAUGAUGAAUAAGCAACAAGUGCUUGGAUUUUAAUUUUUGAUGAAACAUGAAAAUAGCAUCAAAAAGUUUCAAGUCCAGUAUAUUUGGAUUAAUUGCAAGUCCAGUUUUUGAUUAAUCAUCGAUUUUAGCUACUGAAAAAUCCAAUUCACCAAUAAUUUUUUCUGAAAGUCACUUCAGGACAAAUUUUUCAUUUUUUAACUUCAAAGCAUUGUUCUACUGAUUUCUUCUACAUCUCUAAUUUUCUGAACAACAUUACUUUUAAAGAAUUUCACAUCUCCGAGUAUUAAUUAAAUGCCAAGGCUGUUGGUUCUAAUAAUUAAAUAGUCGAUGUUUAAAUAUAUUUUUUCAAGAAGCUGUUAAUAAACUUAAUCUAUAAUCAA